UCUAGAUCCAAUACCUUGUUUUCAUGCCGCCUCCUUGUGGGCGAAUAGUCCGACAAGCUUCAAUUACAGCCAAAGGUGAAGGAAGAGUCUCAAUCGAAUUCUGAAUUGCCUUGCGAACUGCGCUAACCUCGCCGCGCGUGAGAUCCCAAUCACCACCACCAUCAUCAUCAAUGGCUUCAGCCAAGACGGUGUUAUCGGUAAUUGCAGCAACUGUGUUACUCACCUCUCUUCUCUGGAAACUCACAUCUUCAUCCUCAUCUUCUUCCGCCGAGUCUAUCGAUUUCAUCAAGAAGACCAUCUCCUCCAACAAGAUCGCCAUCUUCUCCAAGUCCUAUUGCCCAUACUGUAGAAGGGCAAAGGCUGUUUUCAAAGAGUUGAAACAAGUGCCCUAUGUGGUUGAGCUUGAUGAGAGAGCUGAUGGUCGGGACAUCCAAGAUGCUCUAAGUGAGGUUAUUGGGAGGCGUACUGUUCCACAGGUGUUUGUAAAUGGAAAGUACAUUGGGGGAUCUGAUGAUACUGUUGCAGCAUAUGAAAGUGGAGAACUGGCUAAGCUUCUAGGCCUUGAGGUCAGGCAUAAGGAUGAUCUGUAAACUGAAUCACCAAUAACCAGAAACUCGCAACUUAUUUCUUAUCAAAUUUGAAUGCAUUGUUGUAAAAUAACUCCUUCUCUAUCGAUUGGGGUAUGGUAAAUUACAGAGGAUGCUUCAUUCUUCA